AUGACCUGCUGUGAAGGAUGGACGUCCUGCAAUGCAUUCAGCUUGCUGGUUCUACUUCUUUCAGGAGUAGUUCUCAAUGCCAUACCUCUGAUUGUCAGUUUCACUGAUGAGGACGAACUCUCUGAAAAUCGCAUCUCUUGUUUUGAGUGGUGGUUCCCGGGAAUUAUAGGAGCAGGGCUGAUGGCCAUUCCAGCAACAACCAUGGCCUUAUCAGCAAGAAAAAGAGCAUGCUGCAACAACAGAACUGGGAUGUUUCUUUCAUCACUGACGAACGUCAUCACAGUCAUUGGUGCCGUGUACUGCAUAUUGGUAUCCAUCCAGGCUCUCUGGGAAGGGCCACUCAUCUGUAACCCUCAAGGCAACAGCUCUACCAACUGCCAAUUUUCAUUCAAAAACUUAAGUGACUUUCAUGAACAACUGCUUGAUCUGCAGUGGUUCUGGACUGACUCCUGUGUUCCUUCUUCUGCUCUCAGUAACUCCACCACUGGUAGCACCAUGGCCAGUGACUGGACUAAACACGGCCUGCACUUCAAUUCCAAAGAAAACAAAUACAGGACUAUCCACAUCGCAGCAUUUGUAGGUCUAUUACUUGUCGGGAUUCUGGAGGUGCUAUUUGCACUCAGUCAGAUAGUCAUUGGCUUCCUUGGCUGUCUGUGUGGAGUCUCUAAGCGGAGGAGUCAAAUUGUGUAG